AGUUUGCAGCACAGUGUAAUAACUGUGAGCGAAAAUGGAUCGUUGGGCAGGAAAGUUUGCGAUUGUUACGGGAGUAAGUUCCGGAAUAGGCGAAGCCAUUGCGAGAUCAUUCGUAACUUCUGGAGUACACGUUCUCGGUCUAGCUCGACGUGAAAACCUUCUCCGGGACUUGUCAAAUAGUUUCAAAAAAUCAAAAGGUGAAUUUCAUUAUCUGAAAUGUGAUUUGCGUAACGAGGAAGAUAUUUUGCAUGCUUUCGCGUAUGUGAAUAAAAAUUUCGGGCGUAUUGAUAUUUUGGUCAACAAUGCUGCGGUCGUUUUUGAAAACACUUUUGAAAGCGCGAAAACUGAAGAGUACCGCGCGAUUUUGGACGUAAAUGUUCUCGCGCCAGCUCUAUUUAUCAGAGAAGCUUUGAAGUUGAUGCGGAAGAAUAAAAACGAGGGGCAUAUUAUUAAUAUUAAUAGUGUUGCUGGACUUCGCGCAACGGUUCCUCUGCCAGUGACACUUUAUCCAGCAACUAAAUUUGCUUUGCGUGCAAUGACAGAUACAUUGAAGGAAGAAAUUAAAAAAAAUAAAGAUAAAAUCCGUGUGACCGGAAUUCAUCCUGGAUUAGUGAAAACGGAACUACAGAAUACAUCGGAAGUUCUCCUUGAUUUGUUUAACGCAAUACCGUACAUGCAAAGUCAAGAUGUUGCUGAUUGUGUUGUGUUUGCACUUUCAGUUCCGCCCCAUGUUCAGAUUGACGAGAUCACAGUCACCGGAGUUUAGAGUCCAUUAAAUUGUUAAAAGCAUUUUUAUUUCCCUAUAAAAUUUGUAAUCAUUAUUAAGUAUAACAAAUAAAUAAAAACGUGCAGCUGUGUCCUUGAUAAUAGCAAUUGCACGAUGACAUUUGGACACAUAGGU